UAUAAUAUUAUAGAUAUGGAUAGAAACAGUGGGAGGAGUUUUUAUACUUUUUGUUUACAAUCUUUUGGUCUCGGAAUUAAAUUAUAGGAUGAAAGGGGAUGGUAACCAUUUGUGGCAAUUCGUAGGGAGGUCAUAUCCAGCAGUUGAUGUCUAUAGGUGAUGAUUGUAAAUAAAUUGCUUAUAUAAAACAGAUAAAAAAUGUGGGAAAACCCAAAUGAGAAAAAUGACAGUUUGCAAAAUAUUCUUAAAAAUUUCGAUCCUUAUACUGUGUUGGAACCAUUAACACCUCAAGGUAUACCUAAAGAAAAUAUUCUAGUCGAUUUGACAGACACGAAUAAUGACUCUAACCUAGAACUGUCCGGCUCAUUGUUAGAUAAAAGUACUAAAUCAGAUUUCGAAGUGAUAGAUGUAUUCCAAAAUCUCUUCGUAACACCUCAACAUGUUAACAGUAACAUCAACGGUAAUAAAUCGAAAGAUAAAGAAUGGAUGAAAGCCUUUGAUGGUAUUGAUCAUAGAAAUAAUGAAGAAAUUGACAUGAAAAAGGAAUUAGAAUCUAUUUUCACUAAUACAAAGAAAAUAAAUGCUACUCUAACAAGGUUAUCUGAUGAAUUUGAUGUAGAUAUUGAUGAAGUUUUAACUAUGAAGAGAAUUGACAGUAUAAGAUCACCACAAAAUGAUGUGGUUAGUACAAAUUAUGUUGAAUCAGAAAGCAAUGUUUCCAACAAUGCAAAAACAAAAGACGUAAAUACAGAUAUCAUUACAAAUGAUUUACAAGUAAAUAUACCUAAAGCAAAUAAACAUGUAAAUAUUGAGUCAAACUUUCUUUUAAGUAAAGAAUUUAUUAUUGAUAAAAGUAAUAAUGAAGCGAAAGUCAAUAAUUUUCAAUUGAUUAAAACCAUUCAAUUGGAUAAAAAGAAAUUGCAGAAAAAGAUAGUGUUGCCAGAUGAUGUGAAACGUAAUUAUACCAAAGGUCCAGAUUUGGUAGAAAAAUCAAUAGCUCUACCUUCUAUGAUCGCAAGAAUUAAAGCAAGACAACAAUUGAUUGAAAAUGAGAAAUGUUUGAGACAUAGAUUAAUUUUGGAACCAGAUUGUUCAUCUUUUGUACCUAUCAUUGAAAGAACAUCAUAUCAAUUUAAUCCCGAAGUGUUAACUGAGGAUUGUAACAAGCAACGACUUAGAGCAUUACAGGCUGGUAAAGCCUUCGAAAAAUUCGUUAUAGGCGAGAAAUGAUGCGAAAAAAAAAAAUAUUUUCGGGUGCCUAUUAACGGAUGUAAUGUUAAAUGUUUUUACAUCUAUAUCAGGGGAACUGCACAUGUGUAAGCUUGUACGACUAAGUUGCAAGGUCAUACAUAAAUCGAUUAAAUCGUGUGCUUCAACACCAUGUUAAAACUGCGUUGGCGGCUCUCAUGCGAUAACACUUUAAAAUCACUCUUGUUUCGUUUCCUCCAGCGCUUAAAAUGCAACAACGCGCGAUAAAAAGCGUCGCAUUUUAAAAACGCUGCCGUAUAGUAUAUAUGAAAAUGAAUUACAAAAUUAGAAAUCUUUUUAUGUGUGUUAAAUGUUUUAUAUGUGAUCCCAGAUUAUACAAUCAUUAAUAUCAUCACCAGCUCACUAUAUUCCCCAUCGAGUUUCAUAACCUACCCUAAAUAAGGUGUGACUAAGCCUUAGUAAACCACACUGCACUGCAGUUUGACUUCACAUAUUACUUUGAGUUUCUUCGCCGAUAUAUGCAGAUUGCAUCACUUUUUUCCUUCACGGUCAGAACGGCGGGUAACUUAUGUACACAUUGCUAUAGUCUAAAAUGUAAAUAAGUCGACGCGUGACUAUAACAGGUGACUAUAACUAUAACAAAUGACUAUAACAGGUCUUUUCACAAAGCUCUAUUUUGAGGCCUGAAAAUGAGUGGUAUGGUAUCAUAUGACCUAUGUAUGGGAUAAUGUUGAAUGUACUAUUUUUGAAUUUUAUUUACAAUAAACAAUAACAUAAUGAAAA